AUGGCAAACAGCGUGGCGGCGAGAGUGGCGCCACUGCAUCAUCAUAAUUCUGAAAGCGCUAUACAUCGGGUUCAGAGUACCAGCGUGCUGCGAAUCCCGACCCAGAGAAAGAGCUUCUGGCAAAGACAUGCUGAGGAUUUGAUCGUGACGCCCUUUGCUCAGAUUCUGGCUAGUCUUCGGAGUGUGCGCUCUAACUACAUCACACUGACCAACAUCCCGGCCAACAAGGAAAGGCCUCGACGAGGAUCCUCGGACCGCCACGCCCACGGGUUGCUCCAUGCCCAGAACGUCAUGUCCCCCCAACACCAGGGUAUGCAACAGCUUUCGCCGGGACCCAACAAAGCACCGG